UGUACAAGAAGCAAGAGUGUAGCCCCUUUUUUGGAUAAUUUGAAUCUGUGUAGGUUUCAGAAUGACUUGUGGGAUACUUGGAAGUAAGACAAGUUCUCUUUCUCUGCCCUGGAGAGGUGGGUUUCCUUCUAGGAAGGGAUCCAAUAUGGAACUGUCCCACUCUUGCUGGUCUCAGACAAUGAACUAUGUGGGCCAGCUUGCUGAGACCGUUUUUGGCACUGUGAAGGAGCUAUACAAAGGCCUGAAUCCGGCCACUCUGACAGGCUGCAUUGAUGUAAUUGUGGUGAGACAGCCAGAUGGCUCUUUACUCUGUUCCCCUUUCCAUGUACGCUUUGGGAAACUGCGUGUCCUGCGUUCAAGUGAGAAAGUGGUUGACAUCGAAAUCAAUGGAGAGCCAGUUGACCUGCGAAUGAAGCUGGGUGACAAUGGAGAAGCUUUCUUUGUCGAAGAGUCAGAAGAACAAAAGGAGAGCAUCCCCAUCUCCUUGUGCACAUCUCCUAUCCCUUUUGAGAAACACUCAGAUCUAGCAAACAGAGCUUCUAGGGAGGCUUCCAGCUUGUAUGGAAACCCUGAUGCCUCCAGCUCUGACACAACCCUUCGUAAAAAAAGGAGGCGUAAGAGGAAGUCCAGGAGGAGGGAAUCAUCAGCAGACUCCACUUCAGAAGAACAAGAAGGCACUGAAAGUGAGAUGCCGCUGGAGGAGAAGCGGAAACUGUUGGCUGCCAACAAUACAAUAUACUACUCAUUCCCUGAUGUUCACUCAUUCCCUGAAGAAGCUGGAACUUUGCAACCAAAGGAAGCCCAUCCCUUUUCUGAUGGAGAGCUGCCUCCCACGGAGAGCCUUUCUCCAAGUUGUCAUCAGUCAGCCCCCAAAAGUGACUCUGAACUGGAGAUCAAAAGUCCUGAAAUGCCUCUUGGAUCUGACGCCCACAUGCAGUGGUCCUGGGGAAGGCUGCCUGAAGUGAGCAAAUUGGAACGAAGUGAAGCAACGAAGCCCACUAUGAACAUGGCAACUACAGCAACUCUUGCUCCAACUAGCCUCCCUGUGGGUGAGACGACCCACUUUGUUGCCAUUUCAGAAUGCCACUUGGACACUGCAGACUCUGUUGAUGCAUCAGAUUGUCCAGUUGCUCCUUUAAUUAGACCCACACCUGUCUUUUCUACUGGAAAUGACCUUCCAAGGAGUGGAGACCCCAGCUUUUCUGCUCAGGUGAUGGCCAGCGAUCAAGAGACCACUGUCACAUUCUCAACAGAUGCAGAGAGCCAUUCAAAGCCUGCAGAAAGUGAAGGAAAGAAGAGCGUAGAGAUGAUUCAGGAACUGGAGCAUGAAGCACCAUCAUUGAGAAAAUCCAGUUUGGAUCAGGAAGCACUCUCCCUAGGGAAAACUAAUUUGGAGCAACCGGAGCUAAGCAGCAGCUCAGAGCCACAGCAGGAGAUGAGAAGGGGUUCUGUGAAGAGAAGUUCUCACCUGGGACCGACUGAUAUUUACCUGGAGGAUCUGUCAAACCUGGAUGCUGAGCAAGUGGCCCUCUAUUUUCCUAAACGUGAUGCUGAACCGAGCGGCCAAGCACAGACAGAUCCCAGCAACUUCUCUCAAACUCACCUGCAGGGUGGCACAGAUAAUCUGGAGUCUAUGGCAUGUAACGUGAUGCCACACAUUCUCCUGUCUGUCUGUGGAGGUCUUGGAGAUAGUGGAGACCUAUCUCAUGCAGAGGAGUUUAUGAAACAUGUAGUCUCCUACCAAGAGUUUGCAGAGAACCCAGCAGUUAUUGAGGAUCCAAACUUGGUGGUACAGAUCCAUAACAAAUAUUAUAACUGGUCAGUGGCAGCACCCAUGAUCCUCUCCCUGCAAGCUUUCCAGAAGAAUCUUCCCAGGAGUACUGUUGACAGACUCAUGAAGGAGAAGAUGCCUAAAAAGGGUGGCAGGUGGUGGUUUUCUUGGCGUAGGAGAGAACUUUCCAAUGAGGAGCCAGAAUCCAACGCUCGGCAAAUGAGUUCAACCGGCUCCUUUCAGCAGAGAUACAGGGAGAGGGAAGAUACUUCGUCCAGUGAUGAGGAGACUACAUCUUCAGGCCGAGGGGCCAGACCCAUGUCGGAUUCUAUUACACAGAAAUUUCUUCCAACCUACAAGAAAUCCCUAAGACUCUCUUCAGAUCAAAUUAAGAGUCUGAACCUGAGGGAUGGUCCCAAUGAGGCAGCAUUCAGUGUGACCACUCAGUACCAGGGCACAUGCCGUUGUGAAGCCACCAUCUACCUGUGGAACUGGGAUGACAAGGUGGUGAUAUCUGACAUAGAUGGGACCAUCACUAGAUCUGAUGCUCUAGGUCACAUCUUACCGCAUUUAGGAAAAGACUGGACCCACCAAGGGAUUGCUAAGUUGUACCACAAGAUCCAUCUGAAUGGAUAUAAGUUUCUCUAUUGUUCAGCCAGAACCAUUGGGUUGGCACACAUCACCAAAGGAUACCUGGACUGUGUCAAAGAUGAGGGCUGUGUACUCCCAAAAGGUCCCAUCCUGCUGGCACCUAGCAGCCUCUUCUCUGCUUUUCAUAGGGAUGUGAUUGAGGGGAGGCCGGAGGUGUUCAAAAUUGCCUGCUUAAAAGAUAUCCAGAACUUGUUUGGCUCCAACAGGCAGCCAUUCCACGCUGCCUUUGGGAACAGAACAAAUGAUGUCCAGGCCUACAAGAAAGUGAACCUUCCAGAAUCUCGUAUAUUUACUGUGAACCCCAGGGGGGAACUGAUACAAGAACUUGUGAAGAUCCACAAAUCAACGUAUGAGAGGCUGAGUGACAUUGUAGAUUUCAUCUUUCCGCCCAUCGGCAAGGAUGUGAGCUUUUCCAUGGAGUGUCCAGAGUAUAGCCAUUUUCCUUACUGGAGAGCUGGCUUGCCUGCUGUGGACUUGGAAGACCAUAACUGAAGAUGCAGAACCAGUGAAGCAUCAUAUCCUGAAGGCUGUUUAGCCGUCCAGCCUCUGAUAGGUUAGAUGGGCAGAAUAAAUCUUCUGCAGUGUCUUCCCUGCACUGUGAUGGGCUUGCUCUUUGGCACUGAAGCACCACCUUUUCCCCCUGCUCUGAGAUGUCUCUGGGUUCUGCUGAACUUAUGUAUGCCCUGUGACUGAAUGCACUUUUUCUUGUGAACUAGGAGCAUUUAUGAGGUUCAUAGAGGAGUUUGAGUCAUAUCUGUCCUUGAUGUUGGACAGAGGAUUUCUGUUGGAUUUAUCCAAAGAUUGAUAAUGCUCACAACCCCCUUUUUCUUUGCCCCAUAGCCUAUGUGGAAAAUGUUAACAGAAGCCACAUUCCUUGGAAAGAGAAACAGGAUAACUGACACACAUUGUUAGAGCUCUUCCCAUUGCUGUAACAUUGAAUGAUUAGCCCAGUAAUGUUUCUGGCUUCAUAUGACAAAUGGUAUCAGUUUAUGGUGGUAGUUCACCAGUGGUGUUGGGAUGUGAUUGUAGUCUUGGUGCCUUGAUGCCUAUGUUUCAGUCUGAACCUUCCUGUGCUCCAGAAACCUGAAGAAAACUUCUUCCCUAUCUUGUUCAAUUGUUGGCAGAUUUUAUCAGAGAUGACAAUAAGACAAAAGUAAUGGGUGUGAACCAUUGCUGGAAAUGUUGCUGUUAUACCACCUUCGGGUCUCUUUAAAACUAUUACCCACUUUCUGUCUCAGUGGUUUAUGGUAACUUUUGAACAGGGAACAUUACCCUGUUACAUAAAACCAUUUUAAAGGCGUAUUGCCUCUGAAGGGGGGAAAGGAAACACUAUAUCUUUACUGUAACUGUCAUUCUUGAAGACAGUAUCAUGUCAGCCAUCUCCUGUUCUUUUAGACUUGUGAGGUACUUUUUAGAGUGCAUUGCUUUAUGGAGUGAAGCCUUUUUCUACAUGGCAACUGUGUGGAAUGAAAAACCAGUUGUCAAGCUACAUUCAAGGGUGUAUUUAGUGGUUCUGACACCCCAAUUCUUGUGCUAUAGUCACUAUAAUCCUUGGUCAUUGUAGCUAUGACUGAUUAUACAUAGCCAUGGGUUGGGACCAUCACACUUUCCUUACUGGACAUUGGUGCUAUUCGUAACCGAUUUUUCAGUUUAAGGCAGAAAACUAGGAUUUAACCCAAGGCCCUUAUUCUUUUUCUACCUCACUUUUACUUCCUUUUCUUUUUGUAAACCUGAACAAGACUGUAAUAUAUUGAAGAGAUGGCAUAACAGAAAUAAUAAAUAGAAGACACAAAAAAGUCCUGUGCACUAGUUGUGUUGUGAUGCAUGUACUGGCUAUAAUUAAGAAGCUUUGGAGCUGAAAGACUCUGCUGUGCAGAUGUGACAAUAAAGGUUUCAAUAGCUGAAA